UCUUCUCCUCUUCCUGACACUCAAUCAUGAUCGCGCUCUGACAUCUACACUUCUGUCUGCGAGAUGCGGAAGCAGAAGUCAGUGAACAGGCUGUAAAAAAGCGUUUUUAUAGAUUUGUAAGUGGAUUAAUGUAAUAUUUAUUAUUGACGUUAAAGACUGUUUAAUGACUCUGUAGCGGGCAGGAGACACUGUUUGAAGGAUUUAAAGAAUGCAGUGCACAGCCUCCUCUCCUCAUGAGUCCUCACAGAUGGGCGGCGAUCGGGCCGAACUGACCCAGCUGCCCGCCAAGGACUCGUCCUCCAUAGACAGCGCCUCUGAGCUGGGCAGCCCCAGAGCUCUGACCUUUGACCUGCUGAACAUGGUGAUCUGUUUCAAGCGGAUGGCCAUCUUCCUGGAGCCCGUCACAGACACGCUGGAGGUGCUGCGUUACCUGCUUGGGUGGAGGAUGCCGCUGUGCUCCCUGUUGAGCUGCGUUCUUCUCAACAUCCUCUUCCUCACUCUGAGUGAAGGCGCGUGGGUCUCUCUGCUGCUUCUGGCAGUUUCUGCUCCGGCUGCGCUGGGUUACCUUGGCAACCGUUGCCAGGGUGCGACCAGCGAAAUGGCGGUUCAGAAGAAGAAACACCAUGCGGUCCAGCGGCGAGACCUGCAGACGGUCCACAUGAGCAAACAGGAGGCCAUGCUGGAGGUCAAGGGCAUGCUGAAGCGAAUAGACGACCUUUUGACCCAGGCGUGUGUGUAUGCAGAGUCUGUGUAUAAAGUGUUACACUGGGAGAGCCACGCCGUGUCCUCCAUGUUUUACAGUUCUCUCCUGACUACGCUUUUCCUGCUCUAUACGGUUCCUGUGGGUUUGAGUCUGUCUGUGCUCAACAGCGCCCUCUUUCUGUGGAACAGAGACUUCUGCAGAGUUCUUUUGGAGCUGAAGGAGUUUGUUCACCCGAGUCAGGUCCAGCCCGUGGAGGAAACCGAACCAUGUGACCCAGAUCAGGCAAACCUGCUGGAACGCACACCCACUCCAACCAGUGUGGAGGAUCUUUCACCUGGCAACAUUGAAGAGGCAGAGGAGGCGGAGCCUGAUGAUGAGUUUAAAGACGCCAUAGAGGUGGGGCCUGUAGCUUAUUUGCUACCAAAGAUUCGGAGAUGGAGAGCCCGUAAGGAUGAUGAGGACGUGUCUUCUGGUGCUCCUGAGUUUGACACCAUCUCUGAUAACGGGUUGUUGAGCCGAAACGAGCCCAUCCGCAGUAAAGUGUCCAAACUUACUGAAAAACUUCGCAAGCGGGUCCCUACCAACGCCACUGGAAACUGUUUCCAGUGCAAUUCAGCGUUUUCUGUUUUAAAGAAAAGGAGAAACUGCAGUAACUGUGGCGCCAGUUGUUGUUCCCGCUGUUGCUCGUAUAAAGUGUUCAAAUCCAGUAUGGGAGCCACAGCUCCCGAAGCCCAAAGAGAGACUGUGUUUGUUUGUUCUAUGUGCAAUACCUUCCUCACCACCAAGUAGGAUUGGCCAUCAUCCCAAAAAAAAAAACCUUCCACCAUUGCAAUCCUGUAAAAGAAACUAGGGGUGGGCCACAAGAUAGCUGCUUCAGUUCUUUUUGAGGUUUCUUUCUUUCUAUGUGAAGCAUUUCACAUGGAGGACCAAAGUCCUGCAGCUCAUGUUGCCUCUUUGGUUUCUUCAACACUCUUCCUGAGCUUCCUCAGAGUUUUAUUUUGUCUGUUCAAAAUUUGUGACCCAUUAUGUGAGCUCCUUUAUGUUAAAUGAUGACCUUUUGCUUGGAAUAUGCUGCUUUCCCCAGUCAACUCGAAUACAUCAAGAUUGGUUGGUUUACUUGGACCUCACCUUGCUGCGAUAUCAAAUGCUGUAGUUUCGUCAACCCUUAUUAUAACAUCACUUUCCAGAAUUUGAGCUCUUUGAGGGAAAUCGUGUUAAUGUCCAGGGCCCUGUUUAUUUAUAACAUCACAUCAUCGUAUAGAGGAGAACAAGACCAUGUAAAUGAUGUUGGUCAUUUUCAUCAUUGCUUUGGAUGCCAAAUGCAAUGGAUCUGAGCAUUUUAGAAGGUUUAUAUUGUUUCACAUACUGUCACAUCUGAUUAGUUGAGUUGACAUUGAUGGUUUAUUUCUCUCAUCCUGUUGACUAGUUCUCAACCAUUCCAAUUCAUAAACCUUUUGCUUGCUGCUUAUCUGCUUUUACCCAUGAUUGUUGAUUAUGUAAUUUAUUUGUGUAGUUUUUAUCUGGAAAAUGUUAAUUUAUAUAUGUAUGUUUGUUUUUGGGACAUCCUCCUCAGUAACCAUUUAUAAUAAUCAAAAUAAUGCCACCAUAUUAGUCUAUCGGCAAAUAACUCACGAGUUCUCCUGUUCACAUUGUUACUGAAAGAAUGGGCUGUGUUCGUGUCUGUUUUAUUUGUCUGUUUGUCUUUAAGCCAUGGUUGAAUGUAAAACCGGAGUAUUAACGGUUAUAUAUCUAUGAAUGUCCUUCUACUGCUAUUUAAACAAAUUCAAAUCCGUUGGGAUUUGAAUUUGUCCAUAGUUGUCCAUAGUAUAACACCAUCUGUUUCCUUGUUUGAAUCUACUGUUACAGUAAUAAAUAACCUGAAUAUAA